AUGGGAAAUCGAUACUCUAGUAGACCGUUGAAUGGUUGGGAUUUAAACUCCUAUUCACAAAUGACGGGAUUAUCGCCAGCUGCCAUUCAACAGCUAGAAGUAGCAUUUCAACAACAAGCAGGAGCAACCGGAAGAUUAACAAUUAAUCAAUUCAAAAAUAUUUAUGCUGCUAUAGAAUCUCCUGUAGCUUCAUUUAACUGGGAUACUAAUGCGGAGCGAGCAUUUCUGAUGUUUGACCAGGAUGGAAAUGGAGUUUUGACAUUCGAAGAAUUUUUAAUGGGUUAUCUUUUGUUGCAACGAAAUAUAAAUCCUCUUCAACGAUGGCAAUAUGUGAUAAACUAUAUGCCGGUACAACAACAGGGCUAUUUGAAUGCUCAGGAGGCGCAAUUGUUACUAGCAAAUAUGCAGCGAUUUUACAAUUUACCUGGUGAUUGGAGUCAAUAUUAUCCAAUGGUGUGGCAGCAAGUAGAUCCGGGAAAUACUGGCUACGUACCAGCAGUAGGAUUUAUACAAGCAUUUCAAGCUUUGCCACAAGUACAACAAUUAAUAUGGUAA